GAGAUACUCUGGAAGAGGUUGAAACGUUCACGUACCUGAGUAAAGCAGCAUCAUAGAUGAACCAGGAGGAUCCGAUGCAGAUGUAUAGGUAAGGAUUAGUUAAGCAAUCACAGCAUUCCUGCAGUUGAAAAACAUGUGAAGCUCAAAGCAACUGUCUGCAAACCAAUAUCAAAGUCACAAUCUUUGUUACGAACAUCAAUGCAUUUCAGUUGUGUGGAGCUGGAAUUAGGAAAACUAGUACAACCAUCAUUAAAACAGUAUAGAUGUUUAUAACCAAUUUUCUACACAUGAUACCCAAUGUCUGUUUGUCGGAUGCAAUCAGCAACAGACUACUGUGUAUGAACACAAACUAACUUCCAACUGAAGUGGAAAUUAAGAAAGGAAGUUAGCAGUGGAUAGGACAUACAUUAAGAAAAUCAUCAAACUGCACCACGAGAUAAUCGCUAACUUGGAAUCGUGAAAGGAGACAGAAAAGAGGAAGAUCAAGACACAGUGUGCCGGCUAUUGGAAACAGACAUGAAAAGGAUGAAUAGAAACUGAAAAGAACUGGAAAGGACUUGUCCAGGUCAUAGUUCGAUGGAGAAUGUUAAUGGGUCGCCUAUCCUCCUCCACGACGAUGAGUAACAGGCGCAAAAAAUAUUCCUCUCAAUGGCUCUGUGUCGUUUCGCUUGGUACAAACUACCAUUUUUCGCCGUUAUACACGCAUUAUUCUGGCUGCCAACCACGUAUCUGAUCGCGAUUUCCAAUGACCAUAUUUCACCAGUCGUACCAUAUGUAAGCGCACUUGGUAUCUAUCCACCGGAAAAAUACAUGUUCAUGAUUCUAAUGUCAAGUUAUGGAAUAAUGGCUACGUUGAGUCAAUGGAUUUGGUGUUGGGAAGCUGGAGUUCAAAUAAGAAAAAUGAGAAGAUCCAUAAUACUUCAUUUUCUAUGUUUAGUUGUUGUGGUAUUUAUGACGAUAGCUGGGAUGUGCAUAGUCGGACUUUCUUUUAUUAACACAAAAGAAAACAACGCUGAACAUUAUCAUUUGACUUUAUUGAAUUUUAUUUGUCAUGUUAUUGCAAUUCCUUGUGGAGCAGUUGUAAUCGCUUGUAUUUCAAACAAAUGGAUAUUAUAUUGUUUUGGAAGACUAUUUGUUGUUAGUCAAAUGGUACUGGCAUCUGCUUCAUUUGUACAUUUCAAUAUGAUUGGACUUAAAGUUUUAAAAGCGAAAGAUUUCUUCUAUAUCAAACCUUAUGAAUCGGGUUAUAUUGAAUUUGUAUGGAGUGCAGUAAGCGAAUGGUGCGUUGUUUUGGGUUGUGCAGAAUUAACAUUUAUUAUAGCUUUGGAACUUCGAGAUUUUCAAAAAUCGGUUAUGAAUUUACAAAGAAGUUCCAAUUUAAAUGUGUAGUCGGUUUAAAAGGAAAAGAUCCAAAAUGUAAAAAAUAUAUUUUUUAGAUUAUUUUAAAAGAUCAUUGAAUGAAAAUAGUACAAAGAUCUAGGAUUUCUGAUUGAACAUAUUGUACAUAUAACUGACUAUUUAAAAUUACUUAGCUGAAAUUUAUAGACUUGAUAAAAGUUAGAAAUUGUGUUUUUGGUUAUUCAUAUAUUGAUUUUAUCAAAACUAUUUGUCAGAUGUUUUCUAUGGAGAUGUUAUUUGUAUAUGGUAUCUUAAUAUAACCUUCUAGUUAUCAAGAUAUUUUGAUGACAAUAACUUGUACAGUAUUCAAAGCUUAUUUAUUGAUCAGAUAAAAGAAAUAUUUCUAAUAAAUUGUUUUUAUAUCUGUUAUAACUUGUGACCGCCGAUUAGGGAGCACUGACUUAUCGAUUGUAUAAAUGACGCGUAAAACACGUGCGAGCAGUCUAGAGUUCUGAUUGGUCCUGCUUCCUGCCUAGCCCAGCCAGUUAAGUCCAGAACACAAGUCUCAGCCUCUGUGAUAUGAAUAAUGUAUUUCAAACAUACUCUGUUUAUAUACCAAUCAAACAGCCGACACCGUACCAUAAAAUAGAA